AUGGCGGCACGAUCCGGUCCAGGAGCCUCCCUCCUGCGAGCAUCUAGAGUCUUCUCAGUGCCAGCUCCCUUACCACGACCCACCAAGCUCUACUCUUCCAUGGGAGACUUCACCUCAGAUACCGCAACCUUACCUCAUCCCAUCUACCAAUCCAUCGCGACGCCGCCUUCCUCCCUAAAAAUUGGAGACUGGGGUCUAAAAAGAGCGCUUCCUCUGCGGUCAACUACCAAAUCUUCGACGCCAAUAAUCAAGGUGGAGGCGAUGGAUACAUUUGAGCAUAUCACGGAAUUUGGGUCGGCGGCAGAUCAUACUUUGUCGCUGUGGAAGUGGCAGGAGAUGGGGAUCCCAAUUGAGACGCCAAGAGUUAGUAGUAGACCUUCGAAUUUUAAUGGCACAUCGAAGAGUGUGUUUGAGGACGAGAUUGAUACUACGUUUCACGAGAGAAAGUUGGCGACGUCGAAGGUGGACGGGAGGUGGAAGUUCAGUGGUCCUUGGUUGGCAGGUCAGACGGAAGGGGAGUUUAAUGAGUACCUUGAGAAGAGGGUCAGAAGGCAGAAAGUCCAGUUUCGGAAUUUCUUAAGGAGAGAGGUGUUGGAGAGGCUGAAGAGUGAAAGGGAUUUGGAAAUUGCAAACAACAAGACGAUUGCCAAGAAUCAGAAGAGUAUACACGAGGACGAAGUGAAUCAGUGGGCGAACUACGACUUGGCAGCAUCAAACACAAACGAGACACUCAAGCAACGGUUAGAACAGGAAGUAGAUGCACACAUCAAAGAACUGCGUCAGGACAAGGCAGGUCUUUUUAUGAGGAUUCGCGACUUCUUCGAUCUACCUCCUGUCGCACCGAGCCGCAACACCAGUCAGGAUUUCAGUCUCGUCCGCGAGGAUACACCUAUUACAGAGUUCCCAGAAACCAACUCCCCAUACGCCAAAACUGGACCACCCAAAACCCAUCCCUCGGCAGGUUUAGCAUACACCCGCACCGCCUCCAAAAUCUACAACCACCCCGAAUUCGGGCCCCAAGAAACCGCUUCACCGGUCGAAGCCCGUAUCGUCCAACCCAGUACCGCGGGAGCGGCCUUCACCUCGCCUACGCUCGGCGUGGGAGGAUUCGUCACCCUGCCGCCUUCGGCUUCGGAAUCGAAGGAAUUCGAUUUCCGUCUCGGCAAAAAGGCGAACAACCAGGCGCAAAGUAAACUCAUUCCCGGACUGGUGUCUAUAGAUCCAGAGAAGAAGGGGGGUGGCAAGGUGUUUGUCCAGCCUUCGUAUGCGAGUGUUGAUCCCAAGGGGAAGGUCAUCCUGGCGGUUGGAACGGCUAGUGCUGCGAGUGUGGCGGUCAAGCAGGGCAGGACGAGUGAGCUUCGGACGGUGGCGGAGGUGAGGUCGAUCCCUAAGUAUACAGGUGGACUCCGGCCAUCGGGUAUUUCUGUUAGUUUGAAGCUUGAUCGGAAGGGAGCGGUGGAGGAGAAUGCGGUCGAGAGGGGGGAGGGGGCUAAGGCUUAUGGGUUGGAGUUUAUGGGGUAA